CAGCUUCCAUUUGUUCAUCUAAACGUGACUUCCCUCUGAUAAUGGUUACCUCCACUAUGAGUCUUGCCUUAAGUUAAUCCUUCGCUCCUUCCGCAAAAGAUUUUAUCUUGAAAGUACGCAUGGCCGCCUUUGAUAAAGGACCACAUGCUCCCAAACAUGGACAAUAUGCAGUAGGUCCAAAUUCUCUUUACGCAUCCAUCAUUUUAUCAGAAGACAUUUGUAUGUUAUUCUUUCAACUCAUUUGCGCGAACGAGCUAUUGCUAUAGAGACUCGAACAAGGCAGACAUCCAAAUUCGAAGUCGCAAAGAUCUACCUUGUUGAAAUGAGCUCCCAACCAUCUGCUAAAGAUGGCUGUACCACCUCUGCCAUUGAUUUUGCACGAAUAGACGAAGAGGAUGAAGAUGCAAUCCUACCUGCAACACCACUUCCGGCACCAGAAUCUGAUCCAAAUGAAACGGAAGACAAGAUCGAUGACAAGAUCGAUGAGGAGCCGCCCCUACCAGCGCCAUCAAAAAGAAAUCGUUUCCAUUUCGCAUUGGCCUUUACUGCCUUGUCUGUUGUGGCUUUCACAAGUGCUCUGGAUGCAACAAUCUUGGCUGUGGCUCUUCCUGUAUGUCUCCUGCUAUUGAGACUGACAUGUUAUUAAUCGCAACAGAUCGUGACAGAAAAGCUGAAAAUGACCACCCUGGAAGCUUUCUGGGCCGGCAUCUCUUUCCUCCUCUCGUCGGUCGUAUUUCAACCACUUCACACAGCAAUGAGCGAUAUCUUUGGACGAAAAGCAAUUCUUUACCUCUGCAUUCUCUUCUUUGUCGCAGGAUCACUUAUCGUUGGGUUGGCUCAAAGCGCAGAAGUCCUGAUCGCCGGACGCACAAUACAAGGAAUUGGCGGUGGGGGGAUUGAAGCCUUGGCUGAGAUUAUAUUGACUGAUAUCACCACUCUCAAAGAGCGACCUAAGUACAUUGGUAUUCUAGGUCUGAUGUGGGCUGCGGGCUCGAUAGUGGGACCCAUUAUUGGGGGGGUGUUUGCGGAAUAUGUCACCUGGAGGUGGAUUGCCUGGAUCAAUCUUCCAUUGAUGGCAGUUGCCAUGAUUCUUAUUCCACUGUUCCUGACUUUGGCAGUUGACAAGUCUUCCGUCAGGUCCAAACUCAAGCGGGUCGAUUACAUGGGUAUGGCUUUGUUGAUCGUGGGAUUGACUUCUUUCGUCUUGGCUCUAUGCUGGGGAGGCCAACUGUUUCGCUGGAAUCGCUGGCAGACAAUAUUUCCAUUGGUCGGUGGCUUGGUUCUUCUGGCAGUCCUAGCUCGAUAUGAGAAGUAUCCACGCGAACCCAUCUUCAAGUAUCGCCUUUUCGCGACAUGGACAAGCACCUUGGCAUUCUUCGGUUCGUUCAUACAAGGGAUUCUCAUAUGGGUUCUGGUAUAUUAUUUAGUGCUAUACUUUCAAGGGGCACUUCAACAUGCUCCUCUUCAAUCCGCUAUCGACGCCUUCCCAUUGAUGUUUACACUCACUCCCUCUGCCGUCAUUUGUGCGGUCUUAAUCGACAAAACAAGACGCUACUUAUGGACAAUAUGGCUCGGCUGGGUUCUGUGUACAGUCGGAUUUGGGACAAUGAUCUUGCUUGACAAUAAGACCAGCAGGGGUGUCUAUAGCAUUGUCCAAAUUGCCCCAGGACUCGGAACCGGAUUUCUGCUCUCAGCAUUAGCAGUUCCCGUUCAAGCCGCCAUGUCAGUCGACGAUGCCGGCUUAGCAAUGGGUACCCAGGUUUUCUUUCGCGCAGUUGGAGCCCUCGUAGGCGUCGCCUUUGGUUCAUCCGUCUUCACCAACGAAUUCAGCCGUGCACUACAGCAGAUAAAAUUACCACCCAACGUCAAUCUUCCCGAUGCCACCGAUGCAGUGUUCUUCUUGACCUCCAUCGAUACUCUAGAUAUUUCGGCGGAAACUCGAAGUCAACUUCUUCAUCUUUAUGCGGAUCCGAUUAGACUCAUAUGGAUCGUUGCUACGGGAUUGGCGGGAGUUGGCUUGAUAUCUUCACUUUUUAUGAAGGAGUUGACGUUGGAAAGGGAGGAAUUGGGGAGACAAGCUUUGCAAGUUCAUGAGGCGAAGUCGAAGUCUUCGGAGGAUAGUAUGGAGAAUGGAUCCCCUGGUCCAUAAAGCACAAUUUAGUGAAUUGGGGUAGUAAAAGGACUUCGGAUAAUGGGGCAUUGAUAUCAAAGAUGCAAAGGGCUCUCUUUAUAGGAAUAGAAGUAAUUAUAGAAGCA